AGGGGCGGGGCGUGAAGCCGUGCGGCCGCCAUGAUACUUGAGGGCAAGCCGGGUGGGAACCUCCUUGCAGAACGAGGGUAAAAUGCAGAGAGUCAUCAGAGGCUGGCGCCGGGCGGAAGUGACGCCGAAGCCGCCAUGCCUUGUGAGGGCGUCAGGCAGGCCCGCCAUGCUGGCCGCAGGCACGUGAGCAGCGGCGGCGCGGACUCCUGGGGAGGAACGAAGGCUGGAGGGGAGGGAGGCAGGGAGACGGGAGCCCGGCCGAGGGCGUGGAUGGCAUCCGGGCGCCCCGAGGAGCUAUGGGAAGCCGUGGUGGGGGCAGCCGAGCGGUUUCGGGCACACACGGGUACGGAGCUGGUACUGCUGACAGCUGCACCCCCGCCCCCGCCAAGGCCCGGCCCCUGUGCCUACGCCGCCCAUGGCCGGGGUGCCUUGGCCGAAGCUGCCCGACGCUGCUUACACGACAUAGCUCAGGCUCAUCGGGCGGCCGCGGCCAGGCCCCCGGCGCCACCAGCGCCUGCCCCAGAGCCCCGGCCGCCUAGCCCAAGGAGCUCGCCCCAUCCUCGGAGGCCCGAAGACAAGAAGGACGAGGACAGGGAAGACGGCAACGAGGACGAGGACACGGAGACGGAGACGUCGGGGAGCAGGCUGGGCCUGGGAGAUAAUGGAGGCCUGUUCGUCAUGGAUGAAGACACUGCCCACGAAGACCUGCCCCCCUUCUGUGAGUCCGACCCCGAGAGCACCGACGACGGCAGCCUGAGCGAGGAGGCGCCCGCCGGGCCCCCGCCCUGCGUCAGCCAGGCCCCCCAGCAGUACGCCAAGUCCCUGCCCGUGUCUGUGCCCGUCUGGGGCUUCAAGGAUAAGAGAAACGAGACCAGGUCCUCGGACGAGGAAAACGGGCCGCCUUCCUCCCCGGACUUGGAGCGCAUCGCGGCCAGCAUGCAGGCGCUGGUUCUGCGCGAGGCCGAAGGCUCCCAGGUGUUCGGAGACCUGCCCCGGCCCCGCCUCAACACCAGCGACUUUCAGAAGCUGAAGCGGAAAUACUGAGGGGAGGGGGGCUGCCAGCGCCGCCCCUCCCCCCUCUACCCUUCUUUCCUCCCUCUUCCCCACACCGCGACCUUGCGCCGGGCGGGCUCUGCCCUUUGGCGCCGCCCCCGGCACGCCCAGAUCUGGCCAAUCCUGGAUCCGUUCGCUGCCCCUCCCUCCCGGGCUCCGUUUUUUUCUUGUUCUUCUCCCUGUGUUGGGGAAGCUAACGGAAGCAUCCAAUCAGCUCCCUGAAUUUCCUCAAUUCCGCUCCUCGACAGGCCCUGGCCAAUCCCAGGCUCUCUUCUCGGAGCAUUCUUUUAGGAGAGGGUAUGGGGGCGUCCAAUCAGCUCCUCGCUCGGCCUAGGUGGUUUCCUGGGCCAAUCGCAGCCUUAGAUCUUUCGGUCCUUCCUCUUCCUUUUGGGAGGAUCCAAUCAACGCCUGAACUGCCGGUGGCUCCUCUUUGCGGGGG